AUCAUAACCUUGUAUUUAAACAGUGAUUCUGGUGUGAUGAGAUACAAGUUAGGAUUUCUCGUCUUGACUAUUUAUGUUCUCUCUUGUUUUCUUCAAUGCUCAAAGUGUUCCCCGGCGUACUUUCAAAAGUAUCGCGAAAGAAGAGCUGAAAUACGUAAAAACAGACUCAAACUUGACAAAGCACUUAAGCGACGCCCUGUUACUUUAAGGAGGUUGAAGGAUAGUAUUAUGGCUCAUAACAAAGCAAACGAUCUAGGUUUACGGGCAGGUAAUACCAGUCGUCCAAAAUGGAUUAAGAAGCAUAUGGAACAAAAAGACGUCAAGUCAAACAUGCAUCUUCAUACAGUUGUUUCGAAAAUAUUCAAGGGGAAACCAGAAAUCAAUGAAAUCUUUGAUAAUCAAGCACAAAAUUUAAAGGCAAAAGUUGAAAAGUUGCAAGAGCAAAAAGAGAAACUUGAGAAAAAAGGUCAAUUCAAAGAAGAAUUAGCUGAGCAACAUCUGAUAGAAGAACAUCGUCACUACCACAAGUGCUCAGACUGUUCACCAACGUACGUUCAAAAACUCCGCGAAAGAAGAGCUGAGAUACGUGCAAUCAGACUCAAAAAUGAAAGGGCCCACAAACGUAGACCUGAUAAUUUGAGAAGAUUGAAAGGAUUUUUCAAUUCUAUAAGCGAAGCAGAAAAGAAAGGCAUGCCAGCGGGUAACACCAGUCAUCGAAAGUGGAUAAAGCAAGAUAUGAAACAACAAGACGCAAAGUCUAAUAUGCACCUUCAUACAGUUGUUUCAAAGGUAUUCAAGGGGCAUCCAGAAAUCAAUGAAAUCUUUGACAAUCAAGCAAAACGUUUAAAGAGCGAUGUUGAUAACAUCCAAAAGAAAAAGGUUAAACUUGAGGAUAAAGGUCAAUUCAAAGAAGAGCUUUCGCAAGAACAUCGUUUGAAAAAUCUGACCCCAACAAGUGGCCAGCCAAUGCGAUCACCAUCUUCUCUUGGUAGGAGAAAAUGUCAAGACAGAUCAGGUAUAGAAGCUACUGAAAGACAAAACCGAAUGACGCAAGAUGAAUAUAAGCUAGUUCAAAAUACACGAAAGAAUCUUGAAUCAUCUGAAAAGGAGCUCAAACGUUUGCAUAAAGACCAUGCGCAAUUCACUAUUCCUAGAUCUGAAGCAGACAAGGCAAAGUUACCGAAGGGACAUACCAAUCGUAACGCUUGGGCUGACAAAUUUGUCGAACUGGAGAAGGCAAAGUCGAAUAUCAGAAGGCAUGAAAGGGCUGGUAAUUAUUUGCAACAUGUCCCAGGCGUUAGUCAAGCUCUUCAUGAGCAAGCUGAUAGAUUAAAGAACGGAACCAAUCGUUUGGAGAGCGAUAUGGUCAAGCUCAAGAGCGAAGGAAGCCAUGAUGAAGAUUUAAAAAAUGACCACGAUGGUAAAGAAUAUCUCAAAAAGUGGAAUUAUGACAAGAAGGUCGAAAAGUACAAUCACCUCAUAGAUAUGGAUAAAUCAAUAAUAAGUAGGCAAGGAAAGCCUUUAAAACUUGGACGGGCUAUCCCGUGA